AUGAAACUUUUCUCUAACACGCUGAAAUCUUUGACGAUGACGCUUCAAGUGAUGAAGAUGACCUAA